GUGCAAUACCAGGUCCUGCAGGGGCAACAGCUAGCAAGGCGCACCGGCCACACUAUCGAACCUGCGGCAGAAAUUCCCCGACCUGGGUCGACGUGGACAUUGAAGAAGCGGGAGCUGGAGCACAAGCACACGACCGCCCUAUUUUUUCCCAGAGAACUCCACCAUACGCACCGCUCACCACCUCAGCCACGCUCUCUCCCGCCGGCUGCUCUCAAAGUUAUUUCAGCUUCAGCUCUCCAAACAACUUCACCCACCGGACCGAGCGAUAUAAAAAUUACCGCGCCGGACACCGACUACAUCAAACUUUAAGCAACCCGCUUCCAGUACAGCAUUUCUAUCACAAUGGCUCCCCCGCCGCCCGCCGACCUGCCUCUUGCGCAGAGGAUUCAAAAGCUGGCACAGACCCUGCAGUUCGCUUGGUUCGCUGGACAUGCCACCCUUCUUCUUUGCGUCACCCGCUACGCCUUCUCGUGGCUGCGCAUGAACUACUAUGGUCGUAUGGCCCAGUUCUGCUACCGCACCACCUUCCUCUCCGCUGCCCUCACAUACGGUAUCGUGGUUUACAAGACAUGGCGCGCUCGUCAGAAGACCGGUGCUAAGCCGGCCAACUUUGUCAGCUACCUCACCGACGAGAACGUUCAGUACCUCCUUUUGGCCCUUGUCUGGCUCUUCAUGCCCCAGUAUCCCAUCGCCAUGCUUCCCUUCGCCAUCUACUCGGUCUUCCAUGUCGCUACCUACACUCGUGCGAACUUGAUCCCGACUAUCAUGCCCCCAACCAAGGUGGCCCCUGCCGCCGGAGCUUCGCCCAGCGCCAAGCCCCAGUACACUCAGCACCCUAUGUCCGACGCGAUUGGCAGUUUCGUUAAGCAGUACUACGAUUCGUCCAUGUCGGUCGUUGCCAACAUUGAGCUCGUCCUCUGGAUCCGUAUCCUCCUCUCUGCCAUCAUCUUCCAGCGCCGCUCCUGGAUCCUGCUCGUCAUCUACACCGUCUUCCUUCGCACCCGCUUUGCUCAGAGCAGCCACGUCCAGAACUCGUUCAGCACCUUUGAGGCCCGCAUCGACAACCUCAUUGGCGCUCAGGGCACCCCUCCGGCUGCUCGUCAGGCUUGGGAGACCGUCAAGGGCCUUGCCCGUCAGUUCCACCAGGCUACUGAUAUCAACAAGUACAUCAGCGGUGCCGCUGCCCCUAAGAAGACCUCUUAAGUUCUCGGCUACCGCCGAAGCUCGAGAUGUUUGGGCAUUGAUGACAAGAUUGCUUCGCGCAUGCGCAUGCUAGCGCGACCUAGGCAAGACAACAGCCGAGAUUAAUAGCCUGCGGUGCUUCCUUUAGUUCGAAAAUCUUUGGCCCAGAAGCGAAGGAUCGGUCAUACCUUUCGGUUGGGAAGAACAGGACUCUGGAGGGGUCGCGUACCGGGAACUACCUGUUGGCUGGAAGGCAACAUGCCACGGAAAGGGGUAAUAGUGCGUAAUGGCUUCGGAAUGAAGCUCAGUAAUUGUUUAAAAUCAGUUUAUCACUAGGCUUUCAUUGACAGUUUGUUGCAGUGUUACUCUUUCUGGUUGCGGAGAGAAGUGGUUGAAGAAGGGUGUUUGAAUUUCCUAGCUGCUGAAUGCACCAAUGCGUGUAUACCUGGUUUGCUUCUCUGUUAAUUCAUAUCCUAGUCGUAUGAUUAUUACCUAGAAACAUAUUGUCAUCAAGCC